AGAGAGAGAGAGAGAGAGGUAGAGCUCGGUGUGUCGGUAGAGCAGCUCCGGUGAUCUUCAGGCCCGUCUGUGUGUUUCCGCGCAGUUCUCACGCGUGUCGCUCACUGUGCGCGUGAAGAUGCUCUAGUCACGUCUGCAUUUGCAUCUGCCUGUGACCUUUGACCCUUGAACCCAAACACUGACCCGUGCCCGGCUGGCGUCCACCGCGCUCCAGAACCAUGUGAGGGCUUGUCAGUGCCUCUCUGAGUGGACUGGAGCACCGCCUGUAACCCCGCCCCAGUGUAUACAAGCCCCGCCCUCCCUCUAGCCCCGCCCCCCGCCCCUGAAGAAGCUGGCCAUGAUGUUCCGGGACCAAGUGGGGAUUCUGACGGACUGGUUUAAGGGCUGGAACGAGUGCGAGCAGACGGUGGCGCUGCUGUCGCUGCUGAAGCGUGUCUCUCGGACGCAGGCCCGGUUCCUGCACAUCUGUCUGGACCACUGGCUGGCCGACUGCACCGAGAUACACAUACUGGAGGCAGAAGCCAACAAUGCAGCCGUGGUCAGUCAGUGGCAGCAGGAGCCGAAGGAGAAGGCCGUGUCGCUCCUGCUCUCCCAUCUGCCCCUGCUGCAGCCGCGCAACAGCGAAGCCAAGUGUGAAUACAUGAAGCUGCUGCAGAAGGUCCUGAGCCACACCAUCGAGAGCAGUCUGUUCGUGGAGGAGAGCCGCCAGCUGCUGUCCUACGCACUCAUCCAUCCCGCCACCACCCUCGACGACCGCAACUCUCUGGCCCUGUGGCUCAGUCACCUGGAGGAGCACCUGUCCUCGCGCCCGGCUCCGUACCAUCAUGCCCGGCAGGGCUCCGACGAGUGGCCCUGCUCCGCUGAGGCCCUGGAGCCGGCGUACGGACAGAACGGACACAUGGCGUUCCCUGGAUCGGGUGGCGUGACCUCAGCUGUCAACAGCAGCACAGGACUGACUGGUCAGGUGCAGCCGAGCCCACUGAAGCCCUCCAUGUCACUCACCCCUGCCAAUCAACCGGCCUGCAGCUCUGAUUGGCUGAGCCAGGAGGAGGGGGGCGUGUCCGGAGCAGAACACGCCCCUCUGUCGCCGCAGAGCAGCGUCGCGUCUUCAGGCAGCGAGCAGACGGAGGAGCAGAGCAACACACGCAACACUUUCCAGGAGGACGGCAGCGGGAUGAGAGAUGUGCCGGCCUGGCUGAAGAGUCUCCGUCUGCAUAAAUACGCGUCGCUCUUUUCUCAGAUGACGUAUGAAGAAAUGAUGAUUCUCACAGAGCAGCACCUGGAGUCACAGAACGUGACGAAAGGAGCUCGACAUAAGAUCGCUCUGAGCAUACAGAAGCUCCGAGAACGACAGGGCGUCCUCAAAUCUCUUGAAAAGGAUAUUCUGGAAGGCGGGAACGUUCGGAAUGCUUUACAAGAGCUUCAGCAGAUCAUCAUCACGCCAAUCAAAGUCUAUGCCCCGCCCACUGCUGCCCAGAAGGAGGCGGAGCCUGGAGUCACACCUAUCGAGAAAGCAGCCAAUCCCGGUGAAGAGAAGGAGAGCGAGGGCUUCCAGACCCACAAUCCUCCAGCGUGUGACGGAGAAUCACCGUCUGCACCCAUCGGUGACGGAGACAUCGCAGGACAGUUCACGCGUGUGAUGGGGAAAGAUCCUGGUUCUCAAGUAGCUGACAGUGUUUGGUGUGAUGGUGUGUUUCAGAAUCUGUGGUUUGGGAAUCUUGGAGGCAGUAACAGCAUGCCGAGCCAGAGCAGAAGUUCGGUGCAGAGAACUCAUUCACUUCCAGUUCACACGUCUCCUCAGACCAUGCUCCUGUUCCAGCAACAAGAAUGCCAAGUUCCGGGGACGGAUCUGGAGAUCAACCCCACGCUGGAGUCUCUGUGCCUCAGCAUGACAGAGCACGCCUUAGGAGAUGGAAUGGACAGAACGUCGACGAUAUGAGACUCAAGCCGGUGGAAGAACUGAAUGAAGACUGCGCUUCUUGCUCCAGUAGCCCAGCACACACACACACACACACACA